GACCGUUUUGCUUAUCCCCCGGACACAAAAAGUAGCCGUUGCUCACUAACCAUCUAUAUCCAUUUCAUCUAUCUAAACCCGGUCUCUUUCUUCUACUUAACAAAUUGUUUUUUCAUAAAACACAUACAUAACCUGUUCGACGAAAUUCCUAUUACACAAAUGGCUUCAAGAACUGCCAGCAAAGACAUCAUCACUCUCCGUGGAUCCACUGCCAUCGUUAGCGAGUUUUUCGGUUAUGCAGCAAACAGUAUUUUGUACAAUCGUGGAGUGUAUCCCGAAGAAACUUUCGGAAGAGUGAAGAAAUAUGGACUUCCAUUGUUGUUAUCUCAAGACGAGGCUGUUAAGACUUUUAUUGCAAAUUUGAAUACACAGCUUUCGGAGUGGUUGGAAGCUGGGAAGUUACAAAGGAUUGUUCUUGUGAUUAUGAGUAAGGCCACUGAUGAAGUACUUGAAAGGUGGAAUUUCAGUAUAGAGUCUGAUAAAGAAGUUGUUGAGAAAGGGGUAUCGAGGGAAAAGAGUGAUAAAGAAAUCAUGAGGGAGAUCCAAGCUAUUAUGAGACAAAUUGCAUCCAGCAUUACAUACUUGCCAUGCCUUGAUGAACCCUGUAUCUUUGAUGUGUUAGCAUAUACUGAUAAUGAUGUUGAGGUGCCUUUCACUUGGACAGAAAGUGACCCUAAACUGAUAACAAAUCCCCAAAUGGUGAAAUUGCAUUCUUUCGAUACCAAGAUACACAAGGUUGACACUAUGGUGUCUUACAAGAAUGAUGAAUGGGAUGAGCAAUAAGAAAUGGGAUUGUUCUUUAAUCUUGUAUUACUGUGUUUUUCUUGUUCAUCCUCGAAGAUUAACGUGAAUCAUUUUGAUUCACUUUUGUGUAAGCUAUGUCGGGUAAUAGUUUGGAUCUGGAAACUUGUUUUCUUGGCUUUCAUGGCAGAUGUCUUAAGAGAAAUUCUGUGAAAUUCGGAAGAAUCUGUUUCAUGAAAAUUGUUAUCUUUUCUUCACAAUUGUCUAUUAUCUAUAUCACCAAAUAGUACAGUUGUGAUUUUUUGAUCCAAAAGCUUUAGGUCUUUCGACAUGUUUAGGACUCGCCAGUCCUUUUUGUACUGGGUAUUGUGUAUCGUGUGGGUGUACGAUUCGACCAGGCCUUUUAAGUUAAA